AUGGGUCUGUGUGUCCCUGAGGAUUAAGAAGGUCACACAACAGAAGAAGAGCGUGCACUUGAGUGGCCCACUACGCUGUCCUGCACUAACAUUCACACAAACAGCAGACGUUCUCUCACAUGGAGGAAGGCAUGGCAGUGGCAGCAACAGAUGCUCACAUGGAGGAGUUGGUGGAGCGCUCUGGAUCCAUGGCUGCUGAGGCUGAAGGUGCAGGGCUGAGAGAGCCAUACCAUGGUGACGCCCUUCUAGCACCUGAAGCAGACUUCAUAGUAGAUGACCAUGUCUCAGCGCACAGCAGUAUGGAGGUGGCUGACCGGCUUACCUACCUGGAACAGCGUAUCCAGAUGCAGGAGGACGAGAUCCAGCUGCUGAAGAUGGCACUGGCAGAUGUGCUCAAGAGACUCAACAUCUCAGAGGAACAAACUGCUGCACUGACUAAGAGAGGGCCGGCUAAAGCACCCAGGCCUGUCUCUCUAGCCCUGCCAUCCAAAUCAUCCAGCAAUACAGUUUCACCACUGAAGAAGAGCUCCAGCUCCACAUUGCCCUCUACUGCAUCCUCAAGGUACUACAGCCCAUCACCAGGCAGCCAAAGAAGCCCAGCAGGCAGUGUGAAAGACAGUCCAAGUGGUCCAAGCAGACGCACACCCGUACCCACCAUAACAAGCAUCUGUAGGAAACAGCAAGACAGCAAGCCAAAGGAGGCCAGUGGCAGCGUUAUAGGAACACGACGUGUGACACACUGCAAAGUGACUAUGCAGAUUUAUCUGAGCCCCCUACCAAAAAGGACUGGGUCUACUAAAACAGCAGUGGCAACAGCUAUGCAGCCCAAUGUGUACCCGCCUGCCAGUGGACCACCUUUGGAUAAAACAGCCCCAGAGAAGACCAAAGCAAGAGGUGGAAAAAGCUCUGCUGUCCCCCAGAAGAAGAGCCCAUGUCAAAGCCCCUUCUCUCCCACUAACACCCCCACCUACAAGAGCCCCAUAAAAUCACCCAAUCAGUACUUUCAGAUCUGUUACUGAAGACUGGUAGUGCAUACACUAGAGCAGUGUUCACUACCCCUCCAUCUACCUUCAUGCAGAUUUCACCUCCAACCCAAACCUAACACACCUCAUUCAGCUAAUCAAUGAUAUCUAGGACAUCACCAGUAUCAAUCCAUCGAUCCAAGACAUCCAGUGUACAAUGCACUAGUGAAGGCAACUGUUAAUGUUCGGGAAGAUAAGUUGUAAAAUAAGUUGUUUGCUGAUUGUUUGUGAGUUAUAUAUAUUUGUUGUUCAGUUUUUGUUGAAAGAAAAACAAUAGAGAAUUUGGUUAGAAGUAUUUUAAUUUAUACAUAGCUUGGUUUUUAGACUAUAAGAGAGCUUGUGCGUCCAUGUUCACUCAUAUUUCUUUUCUCAUCAUUUGUUUUCUUUUUGUUUUCUCACUUCUAAGCUUGUAUUUUAUGAGACUGCUUUGAUUUGACACCACUUCUAUGCUAUCGGCAUGUCUCUAAAGAAUGAGUUGCUUUUUAAGGCUCUGUUUCUAUUUUACGUUACUGUUUGGACAUUUCAUGAUGAAUUGAAUUAUAGGAACAGCACAAAAUUAAUUACUCCUAAAUCUUGUCGCAUUAACUUACAUUAAACACAUUCAUUUCUGUUUUUA